UUGAGUUACAUUCAACAGAAUGGCGCACAACCGGAGCAUUUAUCGCAGAGCUGGAUGUAUCAACUGAUUCUUGCUGUGCGAUACAUGCAUGCACUGUCGAUAGCGCAUCGCGACUUGAAACUGGAAAACAUUUUGUUGUUCGAUUGCGAAACCGUUAAGAUCGCUGAUUUUGGAUUCUGUCGUAUGCUGGGCUCAGAACGCGAUCUGUCGUUGACGUUUUGCGGAUCGAAAUCCUAUUCGGCGCCAGAAAUUCUUCUCGGACGUGCCUAUCCACCAUUUAAAGCAGAUGUCUGGUCUCUUGGUGUGAUAGCGUUUGUGAUCGUGACCAAUCGAAUGCCGUUCGAUGAGCAUGUGUCGAGCAAUACGGUUAUUGUGAAUGCACAACACAAACGAUCCUAUCACUAUCCGAAACAGUUGAGGAUCAGCGAUGCAUGCCGUUAUUCAAUCGACAAAAUGAUGACUUUUGACUACAAAAUAAGGCCGGAUAUCCAUGAAACUAUGCGUUUACCAUGGUUUCAUCCUAAUCGCACCACUGUGACGAGACGUUCAACAAGAAGCUGA